UAAAGCUACGGCGCCGUUACGGCGGGCCUCACCCUCCGAAACUUGUAUUAUCUGAGUUUUCUUCGAGACUCGGGCAACGGGGGCAUCGGGUGCAAAUCACCCCACCAUCUUGACCUCGACCUCGUCCUUGCAUCCCCCGCCUAAGUCACAAGUGCCAUAAUCCGUCUUUAUUUGAGAACUCCAAGAAGCGCAAAAUGCCGCGGGAUCCCUUGAUCGGCCUUGUAGGCAAGCCUUCUGCUGGCAAGAGCACGACUCUAAACAGCUUAACCGAUGCGACGUCCAAAGUUGGAAACUAUCCUUUCACAACGAUUGACCCGCAACGAGCCAUCGGUUAUCUCCAAAUAGCAUGCGCCUGCGAACGCUUCGGUGUACAAGAUAAAUGCAAGCCUAACUAUGGAUCGUGUGUUGACGGCCGCCGUUCCGUGCCAAUCGAGCUUCUCGACGUAGCUGGACUUGUUCCCGGCGCACAUCAGGGCAGAGGUCUAGGUAAUAAGUUUCUAGACGACCUCCGACACGCGGAUGCUCUAAUCCAUGUCGUGGAUGCUAGUGGGAGGACGAAUGCUGAGGGCGAAAAUACACGAGGAUACGACCCCUCCCAGGAUAUAGCAUGGUUACGUGGUGAGAUCGUCGCCUGGAUUAAAGGGAAUCUGUGGGAGAAAUGGGGUUCCAUCAAGAGGCGACAUGUUGCUGUCAAGGCUACUGCUGUCGAAACCCUUCAAGGGCAGUUCUCAGGCUACGGAAGUACGGCAGCAGUAGUAGCACGCACCCUGGACCGUCUCAACCUGAAAGAACCGCUGGAGCACUGGACCGAGGAGACGGUGGACCGUGUUGUUAGCGCAUUCACCGAUGAGAAGUUCCCCACGGUGAUCGCGCUAAACAAAAUCGAUGACCCUGAUGCUUACACAAAUCUCAUGAAGAUCACUAAGAUGCAGGACCCCAAUAUGGUGGUCGCAUGUUCCGCGAAAGCCGAACUAUUCCUACGAAAAAUGGCCAAGCAAGGUUACAUAAGGUAUACGGAGGGAACUGAGUUUGUGGAUACACGCGAAGAUCUAAUAGCAGACGGCGACCCAGACGGCGGGGGAUUGAAGGAGUUGGAUGAAAAGAAUAAGAACACCAUCGAGGAAUAUAGAGAUAUGAUCUUGUUCCGGUAUGGGUCCACUGGCGUCGUCCAGGUUCUUUCAAAGGCGGCCGAAAUACUCGGUCUCGUACCCGUCUUCCCCGUACGAAACGUAUCGACUUUCAGUUCCGGUUCAGACACGAAGGUCGCAUUCAGGGAUUGCGUCCUCGUGAAAAAGAAUUCAACUGUGGGCGACGUUGCGAGGAAAGUCAUGGGCGAUGCGCCGAUUGCCUACGUAGAAGGGGUGGGAGGCGUUCGAGUCUCGGAAGACGCCGUCGUGACCGCAGGCAAAAACGACGUUUUAUCGUUUAAGAUAGGUCGAGCGUAAUAAAUAAAGCCACUUGAUUGAAUGAUCUAUUUUUUUCUCUUUCUCAUAUAG